CGGAGGGGAGGCGGCAUUGCUCUGUGGAGGCUGCGGGAUCGCUGCUCACCUGGUACCUGCCAUGAGUCUGUGCCCUGCUUAGUCCGGCCCGGAGGCCUCCGCUCAGGUACAAGAGGGGGGACAUUAUGGCGACCAGCGCCGUCCUGAGCGACAACCUCCCGACGUAUAAACUGGUGGUGGUGGGAGAUGGGGGCGUGGGCAAGAGCGCUCUCACCAUCCAGUUCUUCCAGAAGAUUUUUGUGCCCGAUUAUGACCCGACCAUAGAGGAUUCCUACCUAAAGCACACGGAGAUAGACGGACAGUGGGCUAUACUGGAUGUGCUGGAUACGGCAGGCCAGGAGGAGUUCAGCGCUAUGAGGGAGCAGUACAUGAGGACCGGCGAUGGCUUCCUAAUAGUUUACUCAGUGACGGACAAAGCCAGCUUCGAGCACGUGGACCGGUUCCACCAGCUUAUCCUCAGGGUGAAAGACAGAGAAUCCUUCCCUAUGAUCCUGGUGGCAAAUAAGGUGGAUCUGAUUCAUCUAAGGAAGGUAUCAAGUGAACAAGGAAAGGAGAUGGCAACUAAACACAAUAUCCCUUACAUUGAGACAAGUGCCAAGGAUCCGCCUCAGAAUGUGGACAAGGCGUUCCAUGAGCUUGUCAGAGUAAUUCGGCAGCAAAUCCCAGACAAAAGCCAAAAGCGGAAAAGGAACACGAAAUGGAGAGGCGACCGGGGUACGGGGGUUCACAGGCUGCAGUGCGUGGUGUUGUGACCGCCCCUUUGCCCACUCCCAGCAACCCAAGACGGGCUAAUGCCAACGGGUGACACCGUGCACUGAACCCUCUGUGCCCCAGGCCGGGGACUGCAGCACCAAUACUUGAAGUGAGGCUGAACUGCGGGGGUCUGUGCCGGCCACCGAGCCACAGAAUGUGGGCACAACCCACCCCCCCCAAACCUCAGGAUUUCCCCCAUGGCGGGGGCGGUGGUUCCAACCCAGGGGCUCACUGCCCGCACUCGGCACAUUAACCCUUUCCUGAAAUACAGGAGCAGCGGGAAGUUCUGGUCUCGUUUAGAUGUGGUACUGGGGGGGGGGGGGGUAUUGACUGUGGGUUUGGGUCUCCUCUUAUUGUUCUUGGGACAAAUUGAAAUUUUUUUUUUUUUAUUUGUUUUCACUAUGGAAAAGCUGAUGGAGUUGGGCAGAGCAGACACAGUUAACCCAUCCUGUGCUGGAGCAAGAGCAGCUCCUGAUUGGUCCAUGGCACUUUUAUAUCUUCAGUGUUAUUAGACCAAGAGCAGGACCCAUUAACCAGUCCUGUGCUGGAGAGAGAGCAGCUUUGGACUUGUCCGUGUAGCUCCUACAUCUGCACCAUUAUUACACCAAGAGCAGAACCCAUUAACCAGUCCCGUGCUGGAGAGAGAGAGCAGCUUUGGACUUGUCCGUGUAGCUCCUACAUCUGCACCAUUAUUAGACCAAGAGCAGAACCCAUUAACCAGUCCCAUGCUGGAGAGAGAGCAGUUUUGGACUUGUCCGUGUAGCUCCUACAUCUGCACCAUUAUUAGACCAAGAGCAGAACCCAUUAACCAGUCCCGUGCUGGAGAGAGAGCAACUUUGGACUUGUCCGUGUAGCUCCUACAUCUGCACCAUUAUUAGACCAAGAGCAGAACCCAUUAACCGGUCGUGUGCUGGAGAGAGUACAAGCACAGCCAACCUGUAAGCAAGUCUCAGUGGAAGAUCCCCAAUCAGCUUCCCAGUUAGGAUUUUUUGGAUCCUGCUGCUCCCUCUCAGGGAUUUAAAUGCCACUUUUUGUUUAACUCCCACAGUAAAAAGAGAAAUAAUGAGGAGUAGCCCAAGGGUCCAGAUCCAUUAGCCAUUUGCUCUGUGGCUGUUGAGCUCCUGCAGAACCGAGGCCUCUGGGCAUAAUUGCACUUUUUCUUUACUCUGCGGCGCUAAUGACAUAAGAGAUGCUGAGUAACUGCACUGAAACGCUAGCGGUACCAUCCCCUCGGCCAAUGGACUGCAGGACGUAUAACCCUUCCGUCUUACCGGGGCAGAUUAUCGGAUAAUCUGCCCCUGGAGAGAUGUGCUGGACCCACUGAGUGCAAAUACCACUGCCUUUAUUAAUAUUACAAUGUGUAGAUAUAUAGAUGGAUCUUGUGGAAGUAAAGGUUAGUGCUGUGCUGAUGAUUAACAAUUCUUGGUUACCGGACCUUGGUGUUCUAGUUCACUUUGAUUGGUCAUUAUCAUUUGGAGCAGAGCUGCCCUGCCUGUAGCCCCACAGGACACACACACAACUGAUUUAAUGGGAUUCUCAUCAUAAAAAUCCCUUUUUAUAAACUUCUGUUCAUCUGCUCUAAAGUUAUGUAUGUUUCUCUGACCCAGUGUGUACCAACUUUUCUGUGUAUUCUAAAAGUGCCAUGGUUUUGUUUA